AUGGCCCAUUACCGGGAAAUUUCUCUGACAGCUGGGGACUCCCCUCGACCGGUUCUGAACAACAGAAAGGCUGACCGUGUGAAGCGCCUCGCCGCCUCCGUGGUGGGCUGCGGCAAGCGCAAGAUUUGGCUCGAUCCCAAUGAGAUGAAUGAGAUCUCCAACGCCAACUCCCGCCAGACUAUCCGCAAGCUCGUCAGCGAUGGCCUCAUCAUCCGCAAGCCCGUCACCAUGCACUCCCGCGCCCGUGCCCGUGAGCUCAACGCUGCUCGCAGAAUCGGCAGACACCGCGGUCUGGGUAAGCGUAAGGGUACCAAGGACGCUCGUAUGCCCAGCCAGCUCCUCUGGAUGCGCCGCAUGCGUGUUCUCCGUCGCCUCCUCGUCCGCUACCGUGCCGCCGGCAAGAUCGACAAGCACCUUUACCACGAGCUCUACCACCUGAGCAAGGGUAACACCUUCAAGCACAAGCGCGCUCUGAUUGAGCACAUCCAGAAGGCCAAGGCUGAGAGACAGCGUGAGCGCCUGCUCAAGGAAGAGAUGGACGCCAAGCGUGCCAAGAACAAGGCCCUCCGUGAGAGACGACAGGAGCGUAUCGAGGCCAAGCGUAACGCUCUGGCCAGCCAGGAGCAGCAGGAGUAA